CUUCAUGAUAUAUGCACUCUUUUAGAAAUAGCUGUGUUCUGUUUGCAGGGGUAUAAUCAAAUGAGAGCGUAUAUUGCAUCUCAAGGGCCUACGAAAGAUAUACUGGUGGAUUUCUGGAGAAUGGUUUGGCAACUAAGAGUUGGCAAGGUGGUUAUGUUGACUAAUCUUGUGGAGGAUGAAAAGAUGAAGUGCAUGCAGUAUUGGCCAGAUGCAGGGAGUGUUUAUUUCGAUGAUUACAAAGUAACCAUUCUAGCGACUGAGUAUUUUUCAGCCUUUAUCAUAAGAACAUUAGCUGUUAAGAAGAUUGAUGCAAAUGGUAUGACUCAAUAGGCAGGAGAGAAAAAAAGACAGCUGGUCCAUUUUCAUUUUACUGCCUGGCCGGAUAAACGUGUCCCUAAGUAUGCUUCGUCG